CAAUACAUGCUCAUUCAAAGCCUCCAGCAUUCUAAAAAUCCUCCACAAUUCUCUUAACUCUUGAGGAUUCCAAAGGAACUCCCUAAUGCAUAACGCAAAAGAGACAUUCGAAUACCUGUGUAUGCGUCGGCGGGAGCGGGUACUCUUUGAACUCCCCAGAGGAGGUCGAUGUUAUUAUACAUUUACAAAUACUGACAUGUUCACUCAUGUUCAGUUGACAUUUGAUACGUCUCCGGGUUGGUCCUUCCAGACUUUUCGGAUCGUUUGUACAUAAUAUAAGUAACAUCGAGACGUUCUGUGCCACUCCCACCUUCGUCAACAACGCAACACUCAACUUCGAUGUCUAAACAAAAUAGCUUCGAGAAAGGACAUCAUGCUGAAGUUGGCAGUCACCACGCCACAGACCCGAGCACCGAAGGUAGCGAGAAGGGUGUCUUAGCCCCAUCACGACACCCAGUGGGUGCGCUGAGAGCAUGGCUCACAGUCCUCGGUUGCUUUUUCAUCCAGUUUUGUACCGUCGCAUCGGUUAACUCGUUUGGAGUCUUCGAAGAUUACUACGUCUCCGAAUUCUUGCCUAGCUCCUCCGCUUCCCGUAUUAGUUGGGUUAUAGGACUUGAGAUUUUGCUGCAACUAGGCUUGGGGAUGAUUGGGGGAAGAUUAUGUGAUAUGGGCCAUACUAGGGCAGUUUUCGCGACCGGAAGUGUUAUCUAUCUGUUCAGCUUCUUUAUGCUUUCUCUGGCAAAAGAAGAUCAGUACUAUCAAAUAAUCCUCGCACAAGGAGUAGGCAUGGGUAUUGGUGUCGGGCUUUGCUACGUUCCAGCCUUGGUAACUGCAGCUCUCCAUUUUCCAGGUAGACAAGCCAUCGCUAUGGGAAUCGUCAUUUCCGCUGGAUCGUUCGGAGGAGGUAUUUUCUCCAUUAUAAUCAAUCAACUUAUCCCGAAACACGGCUUCCCGUCUGCUAUACGCGCCACUGCGUACCUCUCCCUUGGUCUUCUAGCGGUCGGAAACCUUCUCAUAACGGUUCCCCCUCGCCCUCCAAAGGCUGUCGCCGGAGAAACACCUUUGCUUUAUACUCCCUACCUCCUGACCCUCUUCUCCGGGUUCCUCGGUCAACUAGGCGGCCUUUUCCCACUUUUUUACAUCCAGCUCUUCGCUGAUAGCCACCAUAUGGCCUCAGGCUUCAUAUUUUACUCUGUGGCAGCUAUGAGUUUUUCGACUGCAUUCGGAAGGGUGGUCCCAAGUUAUUUUGCUGACAAGUAUGGGGUAUUGGGAACGUAUAUCGUUUGUGCGAUCAUUAACGCUGGAUGUGCCUUUAUCAUGUUUGGAGCCGGUCACCCCGGAGGACUCAUCGUAUUCUGUAUCCUCUAUGGUUUUUUCUUUGGAUCGUCGACCUCACUUUUUACACCCGUGAUCACUGCUCUUAUGCCUACUGAAGCCGAUAGAGGGAAAGUCGUCGGUGCAGCCAUGGCUCCCGUUGCGAUAGCUUCUCUUAUAGGCUCGCCAGUCGGUGGUGCGAUCAUUGGCAGCAGUCUGGAUUGGUGGAAAGGUAUCGUCUGGACCGGGGUUCUUAUGGGAACCUCUGCUUCUAUCCAAGUCGUUGCGCGAGAAAUUCAUAGAAAAAAUUUACGCAGGCGUGCAAACGCUACAUCAUAGAGUUGUUGUUACGUUUAGGUCCUUGCUCUCCGCACGUAUUUUACGCUACUAGGACUUGUGUUCUUGUUGUUUCCGAGGUUUCCAUCCAUCUAUCAUAUACAUCUAGCUCUACGACAAGUUUUUGAUAUAAUGAUUCGCAUACACUAGUUGAUAUCCUGAAGGUGUAGAAGAUCCGUGUCAAUCCUGUGAC